AUGAAUACAAAUAAACAAGAUUUUAUCAACACAAAAGACAGAAAAAUUCUACCAAGCAGUUCAACAUUGAAGAUAGAAACAGCUCCAUCAUCUAUUGCUUGUAGUACUCUCUGUUGCGUGCUGGGGUCAUGUUGCUACGCUAGUUAUGACAAGACAACUAGACAGUGUAUUCUAGAAGAAUCUUGUUGCCCACAAAAUGAAACUUCAGGAGAUGCAUUGAUGAUGAAGAAGUCAACAGGUUCAUUACAAUGCCAAAACGGAUGGUUUAAAAAUGAAAAUAACUGUUACUUCUUCAGUAAUGACGAAAGAAAUUGGAACGAUACUAAGUCUACUUGCGAAGGGUAUGGCGCUAUGCUUGUAGAAGUAAUAUCAAGUUGUGAACUGGACUUUGUGAAGACAAAAGCAACUGGAUAUGCUUCGUCCCUCUGGUUAGGCGGCACAGACAUAGAAAAAGAAGGCGAUUGGAUAUGGUCCACUAGUCAAACUGAUCUCACCUUUGCUGAAUGGGGUGUUGGAGAGCCAAGCAAUUCUAAUGGAAAUGAACAUUGCCUUCAAAUGAAUGCUUACUGGUUAGGCGGCACAGACAUAGAAAAUGAGGGCGAUUGGAUGUGGUCCACUAGUCAGACUGAUAUCACCUUUGCUGAUUGGGGUGAUGGACAACCAAGCAAUUCUGAUGGAAAUGAGUAUGGUCUAACUUGGAAUGAUGACCCUAUGUAUCUCCAGAAAGCGUUUUAUCUGUGA